AUGAGAAGGUCUCCAAAUUCCCUCGUUUUCAUUUGUUUCACUAUUUUCUCCCAUGCCUUGGUAGCCAGAGCAGACAAUCCUCUGGCACCAGCAUUGUACGUGUUUGGAGACUCUCUACUUGACAGUGGCAACAAUAAUUUUCUACCAACAAUUGCCAAAGCGAAUUACCUGCCAUAUGGGGUAGACUUUGCCGGUGGCGUCACGGGGAGAUUCACCAAUGGCAAAACAGUCGCAGAUUACAUUGCUGAACAACUUGGGCUACCAUACGCUCCUCCAUCCAUGAGCCUGUUAAAGUCUGGUACUAUAACUGGCCGGAAUUAUGCGUCUGGAUCAUGUGGCAUUCUCCCAUUGACUGGAAGCGAAUUCGGUAAGUGCCUCAACCUAGAUGAUCAGAUCAACUUGUUCCAAAAGACUAUAGAGAUGGAGCUGCAACCACACUUGGGCAGCUCCAAAGACCUUUCAGACUACCUUUCCAAUUCCAUCUUUGUUAUCAAUAUUGGAAACAAUGACUACGGCGGCUACCUUGUAUCUUAUGUUUCUAAAACCAAUUUAAUGUACACUCCUCAAGCAUUUGCUCAACUACUCAAAGACGGACUUUCUCAACGCUUGGAGACUCUUUACAAGUUGGGGGCCAGGAAGUUUCUAGUGUUCGAGAUUGCUCCGAUUGGGUGCAUGCCAAUAUUUACAAGAAUAGUACCACACGAAGGACCGUGUGUUGAAGAACUAAAUCAGGUUGUAUCAGUUUUCAAUGAUGGGCUUCCUGCAAUGCUGAAACAAUUGACUACUUCGCUCCAAGGCUCCACCUUUGCAGUGGGAUAUGGUUCGAAGCUUGGACAUGAUAUGAUCACAAAUCCUUCAAAAUAUGGGCUAGGAGAUACAACAGACCCAUGCUGCAUUGCGGCGAACAAUGGAGCUUGGACCUGCAUUCCAGGUUUCGUUUCGUGCUCCGACAGUGGCAAACAUGCCUUCUGGGAUGGUAUGCACCUCACUGAAGCUAUAUAUUCAACCACCGGCACCCGUUGCUUUAAUGAUUCUUCUGUCUGCUCUCCAACCAUCCAGCAGCUCGUACAAGUUUGA